UGCGGAAAAUAUUCCAGCGACGCUCUCCAAAAGAGCAGAAAGAAGGAAGAACUACCGAAGUUCGUUUUUCUAUUUUUUUUCUCUCGCAAUCAAGGAAAGAAAAAUGCAUCAAAAUCUACGAAUUUUUCUCUGCAAAUCGUUCUCCAAUUACCAUCUUCGAAGUACUUCAAUACCCAUUUCUUCAUUUCUCCUCCAAAUUCCGAAAUCAUCCUCAAAUCAAUCAAUUUCGGACCCUCCCCCACUCACAAAACUCAACACUUCCUGCCCACCCAUUUCAAAAUUCCACCAUUUCGUUCACCCAAACCGCUUGAAUCUCUCGACCCAAUUCAGGAAACACGAAGAAUCUCGGGAAUUCAGCAGCGAAUCGGAUGCGGGGGUUUUCGAUCAGGGUAAAGAGAUCGAUGAAAUCAACCUAAAGUUCGCGGAAGCCCGGGAGGAGAUCGAGAUGGCGUUGGAAUCGAAAGAGACUGUUUAUUUCGACGAAGAGGCCGAAGCUGCUCGCGCGGCAGUGAAGGCCGUUUUGGAAAUGUUUGAGAGCUUGUCAGCGAAGUUGCCAGAAGGAGAGAGGGCGUCAUUGCAGCGGUCGAUGGGGCUGAAGAUCGAGCAGUUGAAGGCUGAGCUCGAACAGUUGAAUGACUGAUAUGAGGCCGGAGUGUUCUCUAGAAGCAACACACUGCGACUCCAUGGUAGGAGGUGGCCCAUUGGAUGAGCGCUGGUAAAGAAGCAAGUCCAAAAGAGGAAAUUUUGUCUCGCUGCUUGGAAUUUUUAGAAACUUUGUCAGAUAAGAUUAUGGAUUUGAUGAUGGAUAUAUCAGAAGUUACGGUAAUAGAGUAAUGCAUGUAAGAGAUAGUGGAAAGGAGCAAAAGCCAAAGAGAAAUGUAAUAAUCUAUGCUCUUGUCAUUACAAUUUAAGUGCUUCAAGAUCAAGCACAAGCAUUUGAUCCUGCUAA